AGUAGGUAAAGUGGGGAGAGAGAAAUGGGUGGGACUGAGAUUAUCUACAAAUGAUUCUGCACUUCACCACAGAAGCUUCAGUAUAUUAUAUUUUCUUAUCAUUGUGGUUGGACAAUAAAAUUUAAGUUAGAUAAGUGUUCAACACUUUAGGCGCAUAGAAACAUUCGCUCAGUGUUGAUAUUUAAAACUGAAACAUGACGAAAGUCGAAUUCAUGUUCAGAGGUCUUAUUGCUCCUGUGUUUACACCAUUCAAUCAAGACAAUUUGCAAUCGUUAAAUUUAAAAAUCAUUCCACAAUAUGCAAAAUACCUGUCGGAUAAAGGAGUCAAUGGAGUGCUAGUUGGUGGAACAUCCGGAGAGGGAACAUCUUUAUCGCUAAUUGAAAGAAAACAAAUUUCUGAAGAGUGGGCAAAAGCAGUAAAAAUAACAGGGCAACAUCUAAUGAUCCAAAUUGGUGGUGCUCCACUUCCUGAUGUUCUCGAACUUGCUAGACAUGCUGAAAGUUUGAAUGUGGAUUCACUUCUCUGUUUACCGGAACUUUAUUUUAAACCUUCUGAUGCUGAGGAUUUAUCGAAUUACUUGAAAAUCGUUUCAAGCGCAGCUCCUAAGACACCUUUGCUAUAUUAUCACAUACCGAUGUUCACUAAUGUCAACAUACAUAUGGGAAAUUUUUUGCAAUCUAUUGGUGACAAGGUGCCAACAUUUUGUGGCAUUAAAUUUACAAGUAGUAAUUUAGAUGAAUGUGCUCAGGCACAAAAAGCAGAUAAUGGUCGUUUCGCAGUAUUUUUGGGUAAUGAUCAACUAAUAUCGGCUGCUUGUUCGAUGGGAAUUGAUUCAUUUAUAGUUACAACACUGAAUAUAUUUCCAGAGCAUUCUCUUGAAAUUCUAGAAUCUUGGAGAAAUAAUGAUUGUAAAAAUGCUAAUCAGAUACAAGAAGAACUCUCGACAAUCGUUCAGUUGAUUUCAAAACAUGGUAAUUGGGUAGAAACAAUGAAAUUUGCAAUGAAUUUCGUAUCUCCACUAAAUUUGGAAAAUGCUCGACCACCUUUAAAACAACUUUCUCCAGAAAUUAAGAAGUCGAUGGAGUUAUUUUUACAAGAUCUUGAACGGAUUUAAUUUUUUUUUUUUUAAACGGGAAAUAUAAAUAGAAAGACUUUAAAAUUAUCAAAUAAAGUAUAUAAUUUUCUAAAUAACAAAUAAUUUUAAUAAAACAUGGAAAACAUACAAUUAUACAUGAACUGUAAAUUGUAAAAAGGUCAAUAAUUGUUCGUCAUUAUUAGUUAGUACGAGUGUAAUAAAUUCUAAAACAAUA